AUGAAACUUGCUGCGAGCAUGGCGGUCAAAGAAAUUGAGGAUAUGGAAGUUAUCACUAUGAAGCUACUGUGUGAUGCUACCAAUGCUGUCAAGGCCCUUAGCUUGGCAUUGGAAUGGUUCCCUAAGGAACAAGAGAAAGUCGAAAAUAAGGACAUAGAGUCAUUGACACUGUUGUGGCAUCAGUGUGUUGGUGUCAUGGCAAUCAUCAAUAAGAUCUGGUCUGCGAUCAAAAAGGAGGGUGAGGUUCCAGGGAUGCUGGUUGCAGAUGAGGUUCAGGAAGUCACUGCUGGUCGAGAGAGACCUAAUGGAGUAAUGUCGAACAUUAAUCUCACAAAUGUUUGCCCAGCUCCAAUCCUUGAGAAUGAGUUUGGAGAUUUCUUCAACAGUCCUUUGGCAACAUUAGCAACUCCAUUAAUUCACCAUAUCAUUUUGGUCAAUCACUCUAUGAGUUUCCUCACAUCACUUCAGCUGCAAGUUCUCACUUUAUUCAAGCUCAUGGGCACAAGCAGGAAAGUAUUUGACCCUCGCAAAGGUGUCACUAGCCACAACAGCAAUAAGGCAUCUGAUGACACACAUUCUCUGAAGAAACAUAAUCAGACAGUCAAAUACCUGUGGGCUGGUCAGAAAUUCCUCACUGUGUCAAUUGACAAGGUCCAUGAGAUGUGGAACCUCACUGCUAGUUUUUACGUGACCCUUGAGGCAUCAGUGGUGAAACCACUUGCAUCAGGCACUCCAUUGUACACGGGCCCAAUGCUAGGGUCCAUAUUUGCAUGGCGACCAGCCACUGGAUCACAAAGAUCAAGUGUAGCUACUGUGGGGAAGAUCAACAACACGUUGAUACCAUACGAGAUGGUCAUCAUUUUUGUGCAACUAGAUGACACAGAGCUCAAUAUAAACAUGAGUAUCAUGGCUCAAAUUACUGGCUUGUCAAUGGCUGCAGCGCUCGAUGACAGUGCCAGUUUUAACAUGAUAUAUUGCCGGCUCCAUGAGGGAGCCACACAUCUACAGCAGUCACAAGGUGUGGGCACUUGGUCAGCAGAGAAAGAAGAGCAAGAAGCCUAG